AUGUCAAAAUCAAAAUUCGACUAUUACCAUAAAAAUAUUCUUAUGCCAAAUAAAAAUCGAUUCCAUCUAAUUCGUUUAUCGAAUCCACUUAUGAGCGAACUUAUUUUCUCGUCUGCUGACACAAUUUUGCGAUUCACUCCUCUUGGAACAUUAAUAUUUGAUCAUAUGGAAAUGAAAGAUUUUACUAAGCUUACUAAUCAUUUAGCACAUUUACCUGAAUUGCACUCAUUAACUAUUUCUCUUGCUGAUGGUCUGCAAUCACUAAACGUUCCAUUUUCUUCGAUUUUUCAAUUAAAAACGAUCAAAAGUCAAUAUCAUUUGACUUGA